AUGCUCGCAGCGGCCUUCAAUCGCAAAUUUCUCUACGCCCUGACGGUCGUUGCGCUCCUCUGUGCAAAACUCCUCCAUGUCUUCUCCCAUCUGCCUAGUACCGCCAUUCCGCUCUUUGUGCUCUAUUUUCCGACUUUCUUUACUCCCGACGUCAUUGUCGUCGUCACCUCGCGGCUCCUCUUUCAGCGGUCGUUGAUUGUGUCGUUUUUAAUAUGUCUCCUCAUCACCUUUGGUUCCGCGGCCCAGGUGGGCCUCUUCAUCGAAACAGGCGGCGAGCUGCGAUGGUCGAUGCUGAUGAAGGUAUUUCGGGAACCGCAAGGCUUCUUCGGCAUGCUCUUGACUGGCCUGUUGCCUACAUCCUGCUUCAUCGCCGUGUUGGCCUUCUUCGCUUAUCUGCUCACCCCAUCCUUGUAUAAUUCGGUUGGCCGUAUGAUCGACGCGUGUCUUGUCACGAUUUUCCCACGAUGUUUUCGACCGGCCAGACAAUCGCCUGGAGAGUAUAGACUCGUGAGUAUGGAAGAAGGAGAUGAGGAGGAGAAAACACCAGAAGAGUCGGGGAUUGUCACCAAAAUCACUUGGGCGAGAGUCAAAUUGGCUACCGUCGUUGGAGUGCUGCUGGUGCUCCAUCUCGUGCGACCCCGGAAGCCGUUCGAUCACAUGACAACCACGCUGCCCUUCACCAUACUCGAUGCUAUUUUUCAAUCUCGCAGUCCCAUGUGCGAUCCGUCUCCAUGGGACGGUCCCAAGCGGUUUCCUUAUCAGGAUCUGAUUCGGGACGACCUGUGGGUUCCGCCAACAGAAGACGGGAAACGAGGAUGGAAGCCCGGUUCGCCAUGGUGGGAGGUGAUCAGAGAACGGCCGUCCUGGCUGCCUCCAGAACCGAUGCCGGGCUUUGCCAAAUGGUACCGGGGAUCUAGUUUCCAGCUGCCUCCUGAUCAGAAGCCAGGUCAACCUCCUCCUUUUCCUACUUCCCAUCCUGGACGUCACUUCCAUCCACCGCCACAUGAGCAUCCACCGGACGAACAUGGGUCGCAUGGACACCAUAAUGAGCACCAUGUGUCGUAUGAAAAUCACCCCCCUGGCUAUGACGGUGUGCUGGACCCUCUGAAAAUCAGCAACGCGGACGAACCGCUAGUGAAGGAACUACAGGACAUGCUCCAUCAGAAGCAGGGAAUGCCAGAGAUCAGACAUGUCAUCAUCAUGAGCCUGGAGUCAACGAGGAAGGAUGUUUUCCCCCUCGUCAAGGACGACAGUCUCUACCGCCAGCUUCAGCAGUCCUGGCGAAAAUAUGAAAAACGCGAUGACUCCAAAAGAGCCGAUUUAUCACAGUUAUCCGUCAACGCAGAGAUCGUGACUGGCCAAGAUGCUGGCUUUGGCAGACAGAUCAACACCACCCAUGGCGGCCUCAACGUGAUGGGCGCAGUCACCAGCAGCACGUUCACCCUCAAGUCCCUUCUCUCGUCGCACUGUGGCGUCAACCCUCUCCCAGUCGACUUUCUCGAGGAAGUCGAGACCGAAAUCUACCAACCGUGUCUGCCUCAGAUUUUAAAGGUUCUGAACGCACAGAACCGGUCGGAUUCCACAUCAUCCUGGAGACAGGCUCCCUGGCGGAGCGUCUUCAUGCAGGCUUCGAGCAGCGCGAUGGAUCGCCAGAUGCAGCUGAUGGAGCAAAUGGGCUUCGACAAGGUGAUUGACCGCGAGGUCCUCCGGAACGCCAGCUCUGAGUUCCACGUGACAGGUCCCGAACUCAACUACUUCGGAUAUUCCGAGCGGACGUUACGACCGUAUAUACGCAAAGCCAUUGUGGAUGCAGAGGAGAAAGGAGACAGGCUGUUCCUGUCGCAUCUCACCUCCUCGACUCACCACCCCUGGGCGACGCCGGAGGAGUUUGGAGAGCAGGAGAAUUACUGGGGAGAUAGUCGAGCGGGCGACUCGCCGUGGAAUCGAUAUCUCAACACCAUCAAAUUUGCUGAUCAGUGGGUGGGAGAGGUAUUGCAGCUCCUCCAAGAGCUGGGGGUAGCUGAGAAGACCUUGCUGGUGAUACUUGGUGAUCAGGAUAUGCAGACUGACGAUGGCAGCGGCUUCUCGUUCGGCGACGAGAAGUCCUCGAUGACAACCACCUACGCCAAUCCGCACAUUUCAUCCUUUUCCAUUCCCCUCGUCUUCUACCAUCCUCUACUCCCGCGCAUGUCUCUCAACGCGACAGUGACACCUCUAUCCGUCCUCCCCACGAUUCUUGACUUGCUAAACUCAACAAACUCGCUCGACUCCGCUGCGAGUUCUGUCGUCAAAGAUUUAAUUCCUGAAUACGAGGGCCAGUCACUGAUCCGCCCUUUCAUCGCCCACCGCGACGGGCGUCAGGCCUGGAACUUCGGCGUCGUCAAUCCCGGCGGGACACAUCUCUCACUGACCUCCGCCGCGUACCCUUCCUACCGGUACGUGCUUCCGAUCUGCGAACCAGCGCCCUUCAGCUUCUCGCAUCUGAGCCUCGAUCCGAACGAAGCCGUCCCCAUUCAAGACUGGGAAGGCGGCAAGAAGAUAGCGAUGAAAGUGCGACUACGAUACGGUGAGGAGGCUGCCCGCUGGGUGCGCAAGGCGGACAACAUCGGGCGCUGGUACGUGUGGGAGGCGCGACGGCGGUGGGGGUAUUGGAGUGGCAGCCGCCAGGAAGACCGCGGCAUCGGACACAGGGAAGAUGGCGUGCUGAAGCAUGACCGUUGGUGGAUUCCAUAG